CAAAUCCUGAGCGUCGUUGGGUACAAUGGCUCUCUGGCUAACGGAGACAAAGGCCGUCACCGCAGCCGGCUGGCCCUCUACAAGCGACCCAAAGCCAACGGUGUGAAACCGGACGUCAUCCACCAUAUCUCCACGCCACUGAUGUCCAAAGCGCUGAGCGACCGAGGUCAACACAGCAUCUCCUACACGCUUUCCCGGAGCCAUUCGGUCAUUGUCGAAUAUACUCAAGAUGGCGAGACGGACAUGUUCCAGAUCGGCCGCUCGACAGAGAGCAUGAUCGAUUUUGUGGUGACCGACACCACGCCGGGCACAAACUCAUCCGUGGAUGGGCAGACAGCCCAAAGUACUAUCUCCCGCUUUGCUUGCCGGGUCAUUUGCGAGAGAAAUCCUCCGUAUACGGCCCGGAUUUACGCCGCCGGUUUCGACGCUUCCCGCAACAUUUUCCUUGGAGAGAGAGCUGCGAAAUGGAGGACUCCCGACGGGCUCAUGGAUGGCUUGACCACGAACGGCGUGCUUGUGAUGCACCCCAGCGGCGGUUUCAGCGAAGACUCCACCCCGGGAGUCUGGCGGGAGAUCUCGGUCUGCGGGAACGUCUACGCUCUGCGAGACAGUCGCUCGGCGCAACAGCGGGGAAAGCUGGUGGAAAUGGAGUCCAACAUUCUGGAGGACGGCUCCCUCAUUGAUCUCUGCGGGGCCACGCUCCUCUGGCGCACUUCGGAGGGCCUCCUGCGCACCCCAACUUUGCAACAGCUGGAGCUGCUGCGUCAAGAGGUCAACGCUGCCCGGCCUCAGUGCCCGGUGGGUUUCAGCACCCUGGCCUUCCCCAGCCUGGCCCAACGGGGCGUGGUGGAAAAACAGCAGCCCUGGGUCUACAUCAACUGUGGCCACGUCCACGGUUUUCACAACUGGGGGUUCCGUAAAGAGAAGGGGGGGCUGGAGCGCGAGUGCCCCAUGUGUCGGCGGCUGGGCCCUUACGUGCCUCUCUGGCUGGGCUGCGAGGCCGGGCUGUAUCUGGACGCCGGACGCCCCACCCACGCCUUCUGCCCCUGCGGCCACGUUUGUUCCGCUAAGACUGUCCAGUAUUGGUCGCAGAUCCCGCUGCCGCACGGCACCCACGCCUUCCACGCCGCCUGUCCCUUCUGCGGCACCUGGCUGACCGGCCAGCAGGGUUUCGUCCGGCUCAUUUUCCAGGGACCCCUCGACUGAGCGGGAGGGGGAAGCAUGGCUCUCCCACUGGAGGAAGACGGUUGGAGAACAUACCACACCCUCCGUGGGCCGCCGUGGACCGCUCAAUCUCGUCAUUUUGAUUGUACUGGACUUCUGCAUCGGCCGGAUGGCCAUCGCAUCUCUUCCCAUCCAAGCAUUUGGGGAGGGAGGGGGGUUGGAUUCCAAUUUGGGGAGACGGAUUCUCCUUGGGCCGCCUCCCUGUCCUCGCCCCUCCCCAUGACCCACCCAGUUGUUCCCUUCCCACCUAGAACCCGUCUCCGCGAAGCAGAGGUCCCCACCACGAUGGAACUAUUGCCGGGUUUCCGAAACGGGAGUGCAUCAUUUUGGGGGUCAGGGGCUACGAAUGCCAGCCGAUUAUCUUCAAACAGGGUAUGAAUCGACAGAGGAAGCUCGAAACUUGAAAUCCGUCGCUUGGGCAUUGUAGGCGA